AUGGCCAUCCGCAUGGAUAAUCUCCUGCGUGCCCGUCGUCGCCCAUCCCAGGGGUUCGGGUCUCUCCCAGGAACCUCCUGCAAGACUGAGCCCAUGGAGGUGGGCACGUCAACGCCGCCGUCAACAGGGUCUCUGCUCCUACAGCGGGGAGUCGGACCACCCCUGGAACACCUGUCCCAGAAGGAGAACCAGGCGAGGAAGCGACAGGCCGAGGAGCGCUCCUGCACCUUCCCAGGUAGGCGUGGAUGUGCCUUGCUCCACUCUGUCCACCCAGCCCAUCCUCCUCCCUGUCACCUUCCCGGACUAUCCUGGUCCCCCACUGAGUCCUGCCCUAGUGGACUCAGGUGCUGCAGGCAAUUUCCUAGACCGGUCAGUGGCCUUAUCAUUACGCAUUCCUCUAGUCCCUUCACAACCCCCUAUCCCAGUCCAUGACCUAGGCAACCGUCCCCUAGGAACAGGACUGGUGAGCCAGACCACGAUCCCCAUUUCCCUCACAGUUGAUCACAACCACCAUGAACGCAUCACGUUCCUCAUCUUAGACUCUCCUGCACACCCCAUAGUUUUAGGUCUCCCCUGUUACAGUUGCAUAACCCAAGUAUAUCGUGGACAGAGAGGAGGCUGUUGGGUUGGUCGCAGGAGUGUCAGGGGAGGUGUCUCUCGGUGUCUAUCUGUGCCACCUCCGUGGAAAGUCCGGAGCAGGCCACCCACGUCCCUAUCCCGGAGGAAUACCAGGACCUACAGGUGGCCUUUUCGAAGACUAGUGCCACAUGCCUGCCCCCUCAUCGCCCAUAGGACUGCACUAUCGACCUACUGCCUGGUUCUACCCUCCCGUGGGGGCACAUUUACCCUCUCUCGAAAUGCAGAGACCAGAGCCCUCACCUGCCCACUGUCCCGAGGGGCAUAUCUACAUGCCCUCUGAUGUGCGGGACCGUCUCCUCGCCUGGGCACACACAGCACCUGUGUCGGGGCACACGGGUAUAGCCCGUACUAUCGACUGUCUCUCCGACAAGUACUGGUGGCCCACCUUGGCCCGGGACUUCCUGGUUUACGUCUCUACCUGCUCCACCUGCGCACAGAGCAAGGCACAGAGACACCUCCCCUAUGGCAAACUCCACCCGCUGCCGGUUCCACAAUGACCCUGCUCCCAUCUCUCCGUGGACUUUGUCACAGACCUUCCCCCCUCGGAGGGGCACACCACUGUGCUGGUCGUUGUGGACCGGUUUUCCAAAGCCUGUCAUUUGAUUCCUCUGCCUGGUCUCCCUACACCCAUGCAGACCGCGGAGGCUCUCAUCUCUCACGUCUUCCGGCGCUACGGGAUCACGGAGGACAUCGUGUCUGACUGUGGUCCUCAGUUCACCUCCCGUGUCUGGAAGGCCUUCAUGAAAUGACUGGAGGUCAACUCUGGGUACCGUCCCCAGUCUAAUGGGCAGGUGCAACGGGUAAAUCAGUAACUGGGUAGGUACCUUCGUAGUUACUGUCAGGACCAGCCGGGGGAGUGGGCUGCAUUUCUGACAUGGGCAGAACACGCACAAAACUCCCUCCGUCACUCCUCCACUAACCUCACACCCUUUCAGUGUGUUCUAGGCUAUCAGCCGGCCCUGGCAUUAUGGCACUGGAGUCAGAUCAAGGCUCCAGCGGUGGACGAUUGGUUCAGGCGCACUGAGGAGUUAUGGAACACAGCGCACACCCGAUCGUCACCGCAGUGUGGCCCCGGUCUUUCACCCCGGUGACAGGGUCUGGCUUUCUACAAAGGACCUGCCCCUCCGCCUGCACUGCGGAAGCUGAUCCCGCAGUUUGUUGGGCCAUUCAAAGUCCUGAGGAGAAUAAAUGAGGUGACACGCAGAUUACAGCUCCCUGUCAAUUAUCGUAUCGGGUCCUGUCACACCAGCCUUCGCUUUUGCUCCCCAUCCUGUCCAGCUCAGGUGUUCGGCAUCGCCGGCCUUCUAGCUGCUGCUGAACCUGCUGCUGGCAAACGGCCUUCACUCAUCAACCCCAGACUUGUCUCGUCAUCAUUACACACACCUGGUUCCAAUCCCCACUCUAUCACUGUAUAUAUACUCCCUCUGUCAUUUGUCUUUGUCGGUCAUUGUAUAUGUUGCGUGUUUUCCUGAGAGGAAUCUCUCCUACUAUUUCCUGAGUACUUUAUAUUUUGCACUGUGGGUUUCGUCCCACUUUAAGCUAUGGCGCUUUAAUAAAUUCAGUAGUUCUAAACAUGUGACUGCUUCCUGCCUACUCCUCUCUACACUUGUGACACCAACCCUUACCAUAACCACACUGCUAACACUAAUGCCUAACUAUAACCUUAAAUUAAGACCAAAAAGCUAAAAAAUAAAAUCAUAAACAGUUUAAUAUAGCUAAUUUUGACUUUGCAGCUGGCCCAUCUUGCAGAAAUAACUCAGUUCUGCCUUAAGGACAAGUAUCAUCCAAAAAAAUGUCAACCUGCUUAAGAGGCAUUAGAAGAAGACAAAAAUUAAUAUUACCAAUUGAACAUCUAUUGCAGGAUAAAUCAAUGUCAGAGUUUAGAUAGCUGACCAUAAAUGGAUGUUGCAUUUUACUUUAUGGGUUGGUUAUGUAGGCUUCUUCUAACCCACUGUUUUCUACUACAGAUAAUAAAAUAUUUCUUAUAUCUUUACAUAAAAACAACAACAGAGUCUGUCAGAUAUUCAGUCAUUCCAAUUAAUUUAAUACCCCUUGAUAUUCAAAAAUAGGACUUGAAAGGAAAUAUUUAAAUAUCGAUUAGCCAAAUUGUUUUACCUGAGCAUACCCCAAAAACGAAGGACUAAUUAGCCUACUCUGUUGUUAAGGACUUUGUUGUCAUUGAGGACUGUUUGGGCUCAUUGCUUCGAGUUGAAAAAUAAAUGCUGCUCUCGGAAUGGCAUGCUUUGAGCACUACCAAAAAGUGCUAUUUGCAUGUGAAAAAUGUAUUCCAUAUGCUGCAUUUGCUAUAGGUCUAUUGUUUACGUUUUUGUUGGUGACACUUUGAUAUCUCAAUAAUUUGCAGCUGUUUGUCUAUCAAAAGUGCUUGAGUUUGAAUAUGUGUCUGUUAGGCCUAUGGACUUUUUUUUAAAUCAGCACAAAUUAGAUUGAGUAGUAAAAGCCCCACUCGUGGUGUUCUUAAAUUCAACUCAUUUUUUGACAGUAUGCAGCACAAUACCACGUGGGAGUGGUAUAAACUUUCAUUCCAUAGGCUGGGAUCCGCACGACACAGCUGUUGCAAGAGCGCAUUUUUCACUGGCUGUCCACUGGGGCGUAUUCUUUAUGCCGUUUCUGUUGCAAAACGUUUCUUAAACGGAAGCAAACGGAACGAAACGGGGAGGGACCUACCUGAAUUUGUCCAAUAGAAACUCUCGUUUUGCUCUGUUUGCUUCCAUUUGGUUCUUAAACGGUGAACAGUUUCCGUAAUGAAUACACCCCAUGUCGCAAAAGCAAUGAUUGAUAGGCAGCUUAAACUUCUUCAAUUCAACCAUUAUUGGGUUUAACCUCUUAAGGAUCAGACCCUUUUUUUCAAUUUUUGCCUAAAAUGACAUACCCAAAUCGAACUGCCUGUAGCUCAGGACCUGAAGCAAGGAUAUGCAUAUUCUUGAUACCAUUUGAAAGGAAACACUUUGAAGUUUGUGGAAAUGUGAAAUUAAUGUAGGAGAAUAUAACACAUUAGAUCCGGUAAAAGAUAAUAGAAAAAUAUGCGUUUUCUAUUCUGUUUUUUGUUCCAUCAUUUUUGAAAUGCAAGAGAAAUAUGAAAUUGCAGUUUAGGAGCAAUUUAGAUUUUGGCCACUAGUAGCAGUGUGUGUGCAACGUUUCAGAUUGAUGCAAUAUUGGACUAUUUUUUAUCAAGUCUGCCCAAAUGUGCCGAAUUGGUCAAAUGAUACAUUUUCAAGUACAUAACUAUAGAGAACAUACAAAAAUGAUAUGGUAAUACAAAAUGUACGUUUGCACACUCCCGGGAAUGUCAUACAUGAUGGAUCAUUAGCUUAUACACAAACUUUCACACAUCUAGAUGGCCAGGUGGGGUGGGUGUGGAGCCAGAGACAGCAGGGGUUCAAACUGUAGAACCCAGUUCCUACAUUUGAAUAUAAAAAUGGAUUUUAUCAAACAAAACUAUGCUACAUUUUAUCUCUGGGACCCUUAGGAUGACAAAUCAGAGCAAGAUUACUGAAUGUAAGUACAUUAUUUAGCUUCAGAGGGGAAUGUAUCAAACUAGUUGCCGUGAUACGUUUUUUGUUGUUGUGCACUCUCCUCAAGCAAUAGAAUGGUAUUCUUUCACUGUAAUAGCUACUGUAAAUUGGACAGUGCAGUUAGAUUAUGUAGAAUUUAAGCUUUCUGCCCAUAUAAGACAUGUCUACGUCCUGGAAAGGUUGCUGUUACUUACAACAGUCAUGCUAAUCACAUUAGUUCACGUUAGCUCAACCGUCCCAUAUACGGGACACCGAUCCCAUAGAGGUUAAAUACACAUAUACAUUUGUGAACAGCCAUCCACAACAACUACAAUCCGUAAGGUGCAAAUAGCUAAAUGAGAGAGCAGCAGUGUGAUUCGCAUCAAUGCGCUAUGUAGCCUAAUAGGCCUAAGUGACAUCUGUAUCGCCCGUAGGCUACACCACUGCUGUAGUCAUUACCUCUAAGAGUUUAUUCAAGUUGGAUAAUCUUUGGAUUCCGACAACUGUCGCACCAUUGGAAGUAUCCUACAAAAGCCUGUUCCUGCUCUUUUCCUGCGAUCCAUCAAACGCAUUUGGUGUGUCAUCAUAGUGUUCUCUGACUUGUGGUCAGACUCGCUCAGGCAGAACAAACUUAAACUUGCUGCCUUUUUUCAAUGCUGAUUUGAAUGUCAUUGAGAAAACAGAAAGGUGUCAAAUAAUUAUUUGGCAAACAUCCUUUCUGAAUUUAAAAGUAAUCCUAGAAGUAAUCAUCUAGUUUUUCAAAAGUAUCUGUAAUCUGACUACAAUUUUUUUGUUGGUAAUGUAACGAAUUGCAUUUACAGGUAUUUUUGUAAUCCGUUACUCCCCAACCCUGUAUACAGUGUAAACAAGUAUACUUAUAUACCAGUUUACGUUUUCCACUGUUAUAGGCAUUUGGGUUUUGCUCAAUAUCAUUUUCAAUUUCGAUUUGGAUUAUAGAGGUUGGUUCUGUUUGGGUGUGGCUUGCCCUGAUUGGAAUCAUCCUUGUUGGUCAGGAUGUGUUGCACCUGUAGCCUCGUUAGUCUGUCAUUAGUUUCACCCAGAGCUCCAGUGGGCAUGAGAGACCUAGACCACUGUUUAGCGUUCCCUCUUUAAGUUUGUGAAUACAAAGCCUUUUAUUUUGGGUCUCCCUAUUUGGUUUGCUCCACUUUCUUUUUACUGCAUAUUAUAGGUUGGUGUUGGUUUUUAUUUUCGUUUGCCUUUUCUUGUGCAAAUUUAGUGGGCACUUAUGGUGAGUGUCUUUUAGGACCCAUAUUUCUUGUUGCUUGCAACUUUCAGUGGACAUAGGUGGCUUUGAGAACCUCUUCGAAACCCCUACCUGUUUUGUUUUGGUUGUUUUUAGUGACUCUUUGUUAGUUCCCCCUUCUGUUUGAGAGAUCAUUUUUUGGUUUCUUUUUGGGGAAUGUAACAUUCACACAUAGCUUCAUUUAUCUGGUACACUUUACUGUAGGUGUCCUUUGUAUGCAUUCAUAAAGCCUUUAUAACAGCUACAUAACAUGCCGUUGCUCAAUAACUGUUAACGAAGGCUUAUGAUGAAUGUUAUAAUGUGUUAUGUAGCUGUUAUAAAGGUUAUGUGAAUGUGAAAGGACACCUACAGUAAAGUGUAACCUUGUUGGUAACAGAUUACUGAUAAAUACAAUGGAUAGUUUGUAUCUGUGGAUUUUAUAAAUUACUAUUAAAACGUUCUACAGGGUUAUUCAUGCACAUACUGUUGUGGAUUUACUUCUUAAAACAUUGUAAUAGUUAUGUUUUAAAAUAGGGCCUUUCAUGCAGCCACCAUGUUCAGAGAGUCCUGUGUAUUGACAGUAGCAGGCUAGCAGUUGACAGUGGUAUGUCCUAGAUAGUUAAGUUGAGAUAAACAGUGUUAUGAAAUGCCUCUGGACAGACAGAACAGUGUGACUUAGAGGCCUGGGAUGUGUUAAGUAUGGGGUGCAUGGAGGGACACACUGAACCUUAAGAGGCCUGGGACAGAUGAUGGCCCAUAUUAUGUUUUUCCACCAUCACGAAAGGAGAUUUAGGAGAGAUAUGGGAGAGCAAAGAGAGCUGUGUUCCUGUGGGAUAGAAACCAGGAGGGAGAAAGAGACAAAUACCAGGCGAGAGAGAGCGAGAGGUGGAGAAAGAGAAAGAGAGCGAAUGAGGGGGGUGGAAAGAGUCAGGGAAAGAGAGAGGGGCCAAAAGAGAGAGAAUGAGAGAUAAGCACAAUAAGAGAUGACAAGAGCCACAAAGAGAGAGACAUACACUUCAAGAGAGAAAGUAACAAAUGCCAGUAGAGAGAAGAGACCAAACGUUCUCCAUCAUUUCCUCUCGGUCUAUGACAUCAUAGUUACGACAGAUGAAUCAUUUUGGGAGUUGACGGCUUCCAUGAGCAAGAGGAUAUUACUAUGUUCACAUACUUCACCCUCUCUAAUCUAGAAAAUAUCAGUGCAUACACAUGUCUGUUUUGUCAUUAUAUCUCUAUCAUACAGGACAUCAUCAUCUAUGUAUUUAUGUUACCUUAGAAUGAAAGAUUGAAACAAGUCCUGCUGAGAUUGAAACAAGUCCUGCUGAGAUUGAGGCUGUUAAUAUGGACACCGUUGUACAUAUAGACUAGCUAGUUCCAAUACUUACUCAGUCCUCUUCAUCCUUUAUGGGACAUAAGGCAGCAAUAAUUUUCUGCCACUGGAAUAUGUCUUUGGCCACAGCUUGUGUAGUAGUUCCAAUGGGCUAUAUGUAUUGCUGCAAAAUCAUGACACAUGUAGAUCAUGUAUAGAACAUGGAUCUUUUGACUCAUGUGUUUCUUUUCCUCCCUCAAUCCCCCAAAGGUCAAAAGUGUGUGUUUUGGCAGGGUUAAGUGGUAUGCAUAGCAAAGGCACGACCACCAAUGACUAAUACAGAUGUUGGAUCAAUAAUCAGAAAUGUGUCUCUCUUCUCCUCUUUAGUCCCCCAAAGUACACAGCUACCCCACGAUGGACACCGUCCCCCUCCUGCUAAGCAAAGUCAAACCUGAACCUCCUGAGGACCUGCUCUCCCAUGAUCCCCACUUCCAGACACAGACCGAGCCUGUCGACCUGUCAAUCAACAAGCCCCGCCCCUCACCCCCGUCCUUCACCUCCACCGCUUCUCCUGUCACUUCGGCUUUCUCUCCGCCCUCCAUUUCUUCUUCAUCAUUGUCAUUCUCCUCUCUGUCUGUCAUCACCUCCGCCUCGUCCGUGCUCACACCCGGGCCCCUGGUAGCCCCUGGAGCUGCUGUCCGGGGUCAUCAUCAUCAACAGCAGUUUUUGCACAUCAUGCACCCCGUGCCGCCGCCACGCUCCAGCCCCCUGAACCUUGGAGGGGUACAGGGCAGAGGAGGAGUAGGGGGUAAGAUGGGGGGCCACCAAGUGCAUCGUAUCCCUGUGGUGGUGCAGUCGCUGCCCCUCAUGCACACCAAGGCCGUGCGCUCCCCCUCCAGCCUCCACAACAAUGCCAUCAUGCUACCUCUGCUGGACGACCACAAGAGCCACCAUUGCAAAGGUGAGACAAAGAGCGUGCUCUCUCUCUCUCUUAUCUGUCGCUCUCUUUAUCUCUCUCUCUCUCUCUCUCUCUCUCUCUCUCUCUCUCUCUCUCUUCUCUCUCUCUCUCUCUCUCUCUCUCUCUCUCUCUCUCUCUCUCUCUCUCUCUCUCUCUCUCUCUCUCUCUCUCUCUCGUCAUCCUGAAGAGUCAUGUGAGACAAGGCAGAAGACUACCUUCUCUCUGUGAUCUCACAUCUCAUUUCCAAAUUGUCUUCGGUCUUCUCCUCCCUCGCUCUUCUCUUUUUACUCUUUAUGGGAAUGUACAGUAUAUGACAAAAGUGGGACAAGGAUACUUAUGUAACACUUCAUCUUACCUUGCCAUGUACUGCAGUUACUGUACACUAUAAGCCCUGUGUGUCACAACAGUGUCAUGACUGUUUAGUUGCAUGUAUUGUCUUGUACCCGGACGCAACAGCCUGACAUUCAGACAAACAUCAUACUAAACAUCUUCCUGCCUUAUCAUCCCAAUGCCAUAGAUGGAGUUACUUGGGAUAAAGUUAGCCACCCAUACAUAGUCCUGCCUUCUCCUCCCUUCUGUCUCAACAGACAAUGUCUACAAUACAGUAUGAGAACACUUCUGAUCAGAAAUGAAAAGAGAGAGGAGACAGAGAAAGACACAACACCAUCCGGUGUAAUGACAGGCAUGUGUGUGCCCUAUGCUAAAGAGGGACCCCAGGAGAUAACGCACUCCUUCUGAGAGCAGAUGAGAUUUAGAGGAUGAAAAGCUUUCUGUCUGUAAGUGUGAGGAUUUUUCUCCUCGGCCGUCCUAUUGCCUCCAGUCCAAGUAACGAGGACCAGGCAGGCUGCCGUAUUUCUUUCCCCUAAUCUAAAGCACACAUCUGGGUCUGGGUUAUACUUAGAUUUGAGAGAGAGAGAGGAUUUGAGAGAGUGAGAGAGAGAGAGAGUUUUGGAGCAGGCAGGCUUGUUACAGGGUGUGGUUUUAUAGUCACUGUGUGUAAACCACUAGUGACUUUGGGUGUUUCUGUCAAGUGGACUGGAGGCUGUACACUGGGGAGCAGUUUGUUGUAAAAUAACAUUGUUUAUCUGAGGUUGCUGUCCGUCACUCCCUGGCAGAUUGACACACACACACCCACUCAUUGGGUAUGCGGGAGGGUCCACUGAGACGGGCGCUUUAAACGCUGGGUGUCUGCAUUCUGGGAGAGGAGAGAGGACGAAAGAGAGGAAAAACAAGGAUUGCGUAAUAGGGUGGAGACCGAUAUUGAAGAUGGGUGGCAGUGUACAUUGAGAGCACAGACACACACACACACACACACACACACACACACACACACACACACACACACACACACACACACACACACACACACACACACAGCAACACCACCAGCUCCAUCCAGUGUGUGAGAGGAGAGCAUGGGAAUCGGGGUCAGCCCUGGGGUGGGGCAGACACAGUCACUGUGGUUAUACAGCCAGAACAUGAGGCACACAGAGCAUUGCAUUGUACUGUAUUGUACUGUACAGUUACCGUGUGUGUACAUUUGUGUGUGUGCAUAUUUGUGUGUGUGUGUUUUAUGGGUCAUAUAGCGUAAGACGUUACAGAAAGAACAUUGCAUUCAACUGUAGAGUCAUUGGGUUUGGCAGUACUGCAAUGAUAUCCAGGCUCUGUCGCAGCCGGCCGCGACCGGGAGACUCAUGGGCGGCGCACAAUUGGCCCAGCGUUGUCCAGGGUAGGGGAGGGAAUGGCCGGCAGGGAUGUAGCUCAGUUGAUAGAGCAUGGCGUUUGCAACGCCAGGGUUGUGGGUUCGAUUCCCACGGGGGGCCAGUAUAAAAGAAAAUGUAUUCACUAACUGUAAGUCGCUCUGGAUAAGAGCGUCUGCUAAAUGACUAAAAUGUAAAUGUAAAAUGUAUAUCCAAACAAACUGUUUCUCUGGUUGGAAAAGCACUGCAGAGCGAGCCAAAGUACUGUACCGUCCUUUCACUAUAGACACAUAGUGGAAUGCACACUAAUAUGCUUCUUUGUAUGAUUACAUGACCUGUCCCCUCAUUUGACACAUUAUUGUUCUCCUUUUAUGGAGAGUCACUCUCCUUUCAUAUUUUACUGACAGACAGAUUUGAAACAGUUGGAGAUAGAUGAGGAGGAGACACAGAGAGAAGGGAACACUCUGGGAUUGAACCCCAGUCUCCUGCGGGGUGUCACAUAUGUGCAUGGAGCCAGGAGUGUUAACACUGGACCACAGCUCCACACUAUUGUGCUUCUUUGUAGGAUGUGACAUUUGUUCCUGAUGUAUUGAUAACUGGCAAUCAUACUGAGUUGCAGACAUGUAAGAAUCCCUAAGUGUCACUAUAUUAGUCUCAAUAAGUAAUGUUCGUAAUGUCUCCUUGGGAAUUGCUGUUGCUGUAUGCAUUAUCUGUACUGGACUGUAAUGAAGUGUAGGAUCAAGAGAAUGAUGAAAGAACAGCUCUCUUCUCUCUCCCUCUCUCUCGCUCUAUCUCUUUUCUCACUCUCUCUCACACGGACACGGCCCUACCGCCCACCCACCCCCCAUACACACACUCAGGUUGGCCAUCCUCUUUCAGAGAGAGGGGCAUGUGCCCUUCCUCUCUCAUAUCGGUCUCCGGGAGCAGGUUGCCAUGGAAACUAGGCUUGACUGGAAACAAUAGGCAAGAAAGAGAGAGAAAGAAAGAAAUGCGCCAGGGCUCUUCCCACCUCUCCACCAUGUACUCCUCUUUUGUGUCCCCUUCCCUCGCUCCAAAUACACGUUUUCCAACUAACGUCUCUACUAAUCAGCCUGUGUAAUUAGGGGUCUUGCUGAGAAUGUAGAUUCUCAGUCUUGGGGGGAAGGAAGACCCUAUAAAGGAAAAUCAGAGACAGAGUUGUAGUUUUAGUAUUGGCUGUGUUUUCUUUCUGCUGUAAUACUCAGACCUGGGUUCAAAUAGUGAUUGAAAUUUUUCUAAAUACUUUGAGCAUUUGCUUGAGUCUGUCUGGAGUGCCAGUGGGAGGAGUUUGGCAAUUUUGGAGACUACUGUAUGCCUUUGGUUUAAUUGCCCAAAGCAAACUCAAUCCAUCACAGUUUUGAAAGGGUUUGAAUAAUAUUUGAACCCGGGUCCUACAAUAACCCCAUGUCUGUCUCCUGCCUACAGACCCAUAUUAUUAGAGACCAUUAUGGCCACUGUCUGCACUGCUCUGAGACAGCAGCUGAGCUGGUAGAUGGGGGAAGAGAGAGUAGCAUCCAGAUAGACAGCAUACUAGAGAGAGUGUAUAGGACAUGCUUUGUUGUAUAUUAUUGCAUCUAUGAACUAUGGUAAACCCCUCUCUAACUGUAACACAUUGAAUGCACUGUGUACCAAGAGGUGAAACAAAUAUUUUUGUCUAUUAACAUUGACAAGCCACCGGGGUCUGACAACUUGGAUGGAAAAUUACUGAGGAUAAUAGCGGACGAUAUUGCCACUCUUAUUUGCCAUAUCUUCAAUUUAAGCCUACUAGAAAGUGUGUGCCAUCAGGCCUGGAGGGAAGCAAAAGUCAUUCCGCUACCUAAGAAUAGUAAAGCCCCCUUUACUGGCUCAAAUAGCCGACCAAUCAGCCUGUUACUAACCCUUACUAAACUUUUGGAAAAAAUUGUGUUUGACCAGAUACAAUGCUAUUUUACAGUAAACUACUUUCAGCACGCUUAUAGGGAAGGACAUUCAACAAGCACAGCACUUACACAAAUUACUGAUUAGCUGAGAGAAAUUGAUGAUAAAAAGAUUGUGGGAGUUGUUUUGUUAGACUUCAGUGUGGCUUUUGACAUUAUCGAUCAUAGUCUGCUGCUGGAAAAAUGUAUGUGUUAUGGCUUUACACCCCCUGCUAUAUUGUGGAUAAAGAGUUACCUGUCUAACAAAACACAGAGGGUGUUCUUUAAUGGAAGCCUCUCCAACAUAAUCCAGGUAGAAUCAGGAAUUCCAGAGGGCCCAUUACUUUUUAAAAUCUUUACUAACGACAUGCCACUGGCUUUGAGUAAAGCCAGUUUGUCUAUGUAUACGGAAGACUCAACACUAUACACGUCAGCUACUACAGCGACUGAAAUGGCUGCAACACUUAACAAAGAGCUACAGUUAGUUUCAGAAUUGGUGGAAAGGAAUAAGUUAGUCCUAAAUAUUUCAAAAACUAAAAGCAUUGUAUUUGGGACAAAUCAUUCACUAAACCCUAAACCUCAACUAAAUCUUGUAAUGUAUAAUGUGGAAAUUGAGCAAGUUGAGGUGACUAAACUGCUUGGAGUAACCCUGGAUUGUAAACUGUCAUGGUCAAAACAUAUUGAUACAACAGUAGCUAAGAUGGGAGAAGUCAAUAAUAAAGCGCUGCUCCGCCUUCUUAACAGCACUGUCAACAAGGCAGGUCCUACAGGCCCUAGUUUUGUCGCACAUGGACUACUGUUCUGUCGUGUGGUCAGGUGCCACAAAGAGGGACUUAGAAAAAUUGCAAUUGUCUCAGAACAGGGCAGCAUGGCUGGCCAUUGACAUGCAUAUUAUUAAUGUUAGCUCUCUGUGUACAUCCAAUCUCUCCUGGCUCAAAGUGGAGGAGAGAUUGACUUCAUCACUACUUAUAUUUGUGAGAGGUAUUGACAUGUUGAAGGCACCGAGCUGUCUGUUUGAACUACUGGCACACAGCUUGGACACCCAUGCAUACACCACAAGACAUGCCACCAGAGGUCUCUUCACAGUCCCCAAGUCCAGAACAGACUAUGGGGAUGUGCACAGUACUACAUAGAGCCAUGACUACAUGGACCUCUAUUCCACAUCAAGUAACUCAUGCAAGAAGUAAAAUUUGAUUUAAAAAACAGAUAAAAAUACACCUUAUGGAACAGCGGGGACUGUGAAGCAACACAAACAUAGGCAGGGACACAUGCAUACACACACACACGAUAACAUACACACUAUACACACACGUACACAUGGAUUUUGUGUUGUAGAUAUGUGGUAGUUGAGUAGGGGCCUGAGGGCAAACACUUAAUGUGUUGUGAAAUCUGUUGUGAAUGUAUUGUAAUGUUUUUAAAGUUGUAUAACUGCCUUAAUUUUGCUGGACCCCAGGAAGAGUAGCUGCUGCCAAGGCAUGGGGAUCCAUAAUACAUACAAAUACAUAUACCAGGAUUGGUACAGAGUGCAUUCAAUUUCUACUUUAAUUCAGUCAAUUCAAGAAUUAAACUGAAAUUCCGUUUCCAAUUCCAAUUUUCCUCUAUGAUUCUCAAUGAACUGACUAUUGAAAUGGAAUUGAACCCCAAUGCAAGUGUGUAUUUUGUAUUUUACCAUGUACUGUAUGUGCUCCAUAUAUUGACAUUGUAAUAAGGUGUAGAUGAAUUGUCACACAUUUUGUAGCGAUAUUCUGUUGGGUUGGUCAGAGUUUGUUCAUUGCAUUGCUCUGCCUCUGUCCUGGCAGUACUCUGAGAGCAGGAGAAUGCUUAACUAUAGAAUAGCUGAAGGCCCUGGUCAUAUAACCAGUGAGUCGCCCAUUGGAGAAGUUGUGACAUUCUCAAAGGAACAUUAGCAACAAUAGAGCAUUGCUCCAAUCGGCUGGAGGUCAAGGGUCACAUUUGGCCUGGUCAAUGAAAAGAGAAUUUACACAUGUAGAAUUGAGCUUGGUAACUGAGGAAAAUGAAGCUGUGGAUGAUCAGGAAUGGGAAACUGCAGGCCUAUUGCGGGGAGUGCAGGCUUUUGUUCUUGCCCAGCUCUAAAACAACUAACAGUGGUCUAUAAUGAAGACCAUGUACACACUGUGGUCCCUGUUACCCACCACAGGAUUACACAGUGAGCAGAGCUCAGUCUUUCUUAACAUAUCAUUUCAUUCCUCUAUACAUGAAAGGCAAAAGCCUGAAUGUGUUUUACAGAAUUUAUUGUAAAAUAAUAUUUCACAAGCUUUCAUAAUAUAUUUUUUAAUAAAAGAGAGAUGUCUGUACAUUAGUCUGCUGUAGGAGAGAUGUGCUUUUGAACAAAUAGACAGUGAUGUUUUUGUCUAAAGCUCAACCCACACGGACUGUGGGCAUGUAGACACACACACACACAGUUGAUGGGCUAUCACUAUCACAACGUCCCCCACCCACUGCUCAGAGACAACAACAACGCCCAAAUACACUGCACCACCCAGCUUUUUAUCUACAAGGCGGGGGUGAUAGUGGCUAAUAAUAUGUGUGUGUGCAUAUGUGUAUUAGUGUAUGUUCGUGUCUGCACAUGUGGGGGUGUCUCUGGGGUGGGCCCAUCCUCAGUGUAGACCCUGCAGGCACUUCCUGUCAGGAGCUGUCAAUCAUGCCAGACAACUGGCCUGAGGGCAGGACAGCCUGUUUGCAUGGCUACCCAUACUCCUUGCUCCUGCCAAUCGCUACGCCACGCCCAUGGACGUUAUUGUCUUCUCCGCAGUGAGUCUGGAUCUGAGUACCUCCCCGAACCUUCACCGAAUGUGAACACAUUCGGGGCCGUCUGAUUGACCCAGGGUUGGGCUAGAGCCAGAGCACACGUGGGUAAAGCGGCAGCUUGAAAAUGUGUCAUUUGCUUUGGUUAGAGACAAUUCAAACACUGAUGACUAUGUUUUGUACAACGACCCUCGUGCCCCUCGUCACCACAAACAACUUCAAUGAUGGCAGUGUCAUACUAAAGAAUGUAGCGAACGACAGAGCAGCGGAAGACUUCUGUGUGAGUCGUCAGACUAACGGCCUGUAGCAUGGCAUGAGCAUUUUCACUCCCUGUGGUGCCGAACACACAUGGACGCAUGCACGCACGCUCGCACACUCACACACAGAGAGGUUCAGACAGUCUACCGUACAGGAUGUACUGGGUGUUUUCAGUAUCUAUUUUGGUCUGCAGAAAGGGUAAGAGGGCUGGGGCUUUGAUUGCUGUUAGAUGCAAAGAAGAGAAAAUAUAGCUACAGUAUUACAAUUCUGAAAAACAUUCAUUUGGUUUUCUAUGAGUGAAGUGACGUGGCCUUCAUCAAGCUCUUCUUUGAGUGAAAUUUAAUGUAUUGAACAUGACUAUGAAUGAAAUUCAAAGAAAGUAUGUCAGAGCAUUCUGACUAGGAAUGAGAAAUCGGUGUCAGACAGGUCAUUUGAAUAAUACCAAAGUAGCAACAUAGAGGGAAAAUAUCAAAUAAAAUCCAAGUAACUGGAAACCAUGUACAGUAAGAGCAAAUUAUUUUACAGAAAACUAAAAAAACAUUGUCUGAUAUGUUGGACUGUUAUUCGAUGCAUACAGUAUGACAUAUGAUUAAAACAUAUACUGUAUUUUAAGGAGUGGUUGUUGAUAGACAAAACUUUUUGUAAAGUGUAUCGGUUUGUCUGUGUCUGUAUAUGGUACAGUAUACAGUAUAAUGUAAUAUGGAACUUCUGUCUUUGUCUUCCGUGUUUGUGUCUAAUGGCAGUACAAACAAACCCUAACAUCAUACAUAUAUCCUAUCUUAAUUUGACUAGUUUCUCACAGCAGGAAUUAUAAAUAAUAUACAUUUUUGUAGGGGUUGAUAAAAACAAUUCUUAGGAUACAGUGGGGUCUGAAAUUAUUGGCACCCUUGACAAAGAAUACUGUAUAAAAUACAAAUACUGAGCUUUAUUGGUGUGUGUGGCAAAAUAGUUAUAUUUUCAUGUCAUCCAACAAAUGUAAAUGCCUGGCGUGUGCAAAACGGCAAUGGCACUUGGAAUGGAACCGGUGCUAUUGUCAGAUGACAUGAAAAUAGAGCUCUUUGGCCACGCACACCAGUAGUGGGUUUGGCAUCAAAAUAAUUAUGCAUAAGCAGAAUAGAACCCCAUACCUACUGUAGAAUAUGGUGAUGGAUCUUUGAUGUUAUGGUCCUAUAUUGCUUCCACUGGUCCUGGGGCCCUUGUUAAGGUCAAUGCAUGAUGAACUUUACCCAGUACCAGGACAUUUUAUCAAAAAACCUGGUUGCCUCUGCCAGGAGGCUGAAACUUGGCCGCAAGUGGAUCUUCCAUCAAGACAAUAACCCCAAGCAUCAAAAUCCACAAAGAAAUGGUUAACUGACCACAAAAUCAACAUUUUGCAAUGGCCAUCUCAGUCUCUGAUCCCCUUUGAAAACCUGUGGUUUGAAUUGAAGAGGGCAGUCAAUAAACGCAGACAAAGGAUAUCAAGGAUCUGGAAAGAUUCUGUAUGGAGGAAUGGUCUAAGAUCCCUCCCAAUGUAUUCUCCAAUCUCAUAAAACACUUUAGAAAAAGGCUCAGUGCCGUUAUCCUCGAAAGGUGAGGUAUUGAAAGAUAUUGAAAACAGGGGUGCCUAUCAUGUUUACCACUAUCUUUUUGAGAGAACAAUAAUAUUACUUGUCAAAUAAAAUAUCUUUCUCUGAACAAUUACACUGAGUGUACAUAACCUUAGGAACAUCCCCUUUUGCCCUAAGAACAUUAGGAACACACCCUUUUGCCCUCAGAUCAGCCUCAAUUCUUCAGGGUAUGGACUCUACAAGGUGUCGAAAGCUUUCCACAGGGAUGCUGGCCAAUGUUGACUCCAAUGCUUCCCACAGUUGUGUCAAGUUGGCUGGCUGUCCUUUGGGUGUUGGACCAUUUUUGAUACACACGGGAAACUGUUGAUUGUGAAAAAACCCAGCAGCGUUGCUGUUCUUGACACACUCAAACUGGUGCGCCUGUUCAAAGGUACUUCAAUAUUUUGUCUUGCCCAUUCACCCUCUGAAUGGCACACAUACACAAUCCAUGUCUCAAUUGUCUCAAGGCGUAAAAAUCCUUCUUUAACCUGUCUCCUCCCCUUCAUCUACACUGAUUGAAGUUGAUUUAAGUGACAUCAAUAAGGGAUCAUAGCUUUCACCUGGAUUCACCUGGUCAGCGUGUCAUGGAAAGAGCAGGUGUUUCUAAUGUUUGUCCAUUCAGUGUAUAUUAGUAUAAAAUAAUAAUAUUUCCCACUUUUUUUGCAUACAAUAUAGCUCAGUAUUAGUAUUUUAUUUUAUACAGUAUUUUUUGCGAAUCUUGCCAAUAAUUUCGACACCCACUGUAAAUCAAGUCUGACAUUUUAAACCUCUAAUACGCUACAAGAAAAAUUAUCUUCUACCACAGUGAUCAAAUUAAGAUAGUAUAUCUGUAUGUCUAACUCAUGUAACCUCUUGACAGUAUCACAUGUUACAGUACAGAAUAUAAAAUAUGGGACUAACUCUUCUCUGUCUGUCUCCAUGGCAGCACGCACUGACCACAACGGCUUGUCGCCACGGCACAUCAAGAGUGACAGUGACGAUGACGACCUGCCCAAUGUCACACUGGACAGCGUUAACGAGACCGGAUCUACUGCUCUGUCUAUAGCACGGGCCGUACAGAAGUAA